UGAGACCUCCUCGCUCUCCGCCUCUCUCGCGCUGUUUUAGGAAACGUGGCCUUACGGAGCCGCAGAGCAGCUUCACUGCUGUGGAUGAAUGAGAGACUCACAGCGGCUCCAGCCUCCGCCUCUACCCGUCUGUCAGCCUCCGCCGCCGCCCCAGCACUGCCAGCGCUCCCCCCUGUCGCCCGGCUCCGAAGAGAACCAUGUCUGAAGCAGAACCGGUCCCGGCCGCGGCCCCGGAGGCCGCCGUCCUGGACGCCCUGAACGCCACGGACUCCAACGGGACCGAGGCGCUCAACGCCACGGCCAAAUUCGUGGCCACCCCGGAGGGCACGGCGCUGGCGUACGGCAGCCUGGUGUUCAUGGCGCUGCUGCCCAUCUUCUUCGGGGCGCUGCGGUCCGUCUCCUGCUCCAAAUCUAAGGAGCUCGGAGACAAUGAUUACGAUUCUGGGUUCAGAGUGAGUAUGAGAGCCGCUGAGAGCACCAAAUACACACAAACUGCACGCUGUUUGUUCACAUGACGGGAAACACACCCACACUGCAGCAGUUUAACACGGAGUUCACUAACAGCCUCCUCCUCAGUGAUGAGCCUGCAGAAAACAAUCACUGAGAGCAAUACUUCACCUACAAAAUGUAAUACAGUCAUUUUCCUUAACCUUGAAUUGUGAAUGAAUUCUCUCAUGUCUUUAUCAGGGAACCACGUUUAACAACAGCAAAGCGAUAUCAAAUUAUCCGUUUGCAAACUGUCACGCGACUCGCGGCGUGCAGUCCCAGUCUCAUUUAUCUGGUUUAGAGUUUCCCCCACAGUCAUUUAUUUGUGGCAGCUUGCAACAAUAAAAACAU